AUGAAGGUUUUAUAUGGGCUGCCUGUUGAUGGAUACCCCGUCGCUCUGCCACAUGGCAUGAGAGAGAUGACACGUGGGCAGUACCUGGACAUGCUGCAGCAACUCACUGGUUUCCGGCCACAGGAUGAGACAGCACAUGCAGGGGCCAGUCGCUUGAGUUUGAUCUCUAUUCGACAACAUUUGGAGAUAUUGCACCCCGACAUCAGUGGCGAGACAGAUGAUCUGCAUAUUCACCGAUAUACGAGGUUGCUGCUACUCCUUAUGUUUAGAGGGGUCUUGUUCCCGAACACUUCGGGGAACCUAGUUAGCUUGAUAUUUCUUCAUCAUCUUGAGCGGCUAGAUGGUUUACCCCAAUACAACUGGGGUGCUGUUGUUCUUGCCUACUUGUACAAGCAGAUGUGCCAGGCGAGCAUGGCACCCAACAUGACGUAUGUGGAUUUUUGCCGCUGCUACAGGUGA